UUAAUAAAGGUAAGUAAAGCUGAUGUUACGAAGAUGCCUUUGCUUGGUAAGAUCGUGGUGAUAAAAAGAAACGGUACGGAUGGAACAGAUUUUCCGCUCACAGCGUCCUGUCUGUUCGGGAGGAAGCUCGACUGUGAUAUCCGGAUCCAGCUGCCACAAGUGUCGAAAGAACAUUGCAGGAUUGAGGUGAACGAAAACAAAGAGCUCAUUUUGACCAACCUGAGCUCGGUGAAUCCGACCCGCAUCAAUGGCGAGAUCCUGCAGCAGUCGGAGCGUCUGAAGCAUGGAGAUCUAAUCACAAUUAUUGAUCGUUCUUUCAGGUUCGAGUACCCGCCUGCGCCGACUCCGAAGAAGAAGCGUUUAUCGACGCCAGGUAAAGAAACCGUCAAGGUCUUGCAAGACCAGCAGGUAAAGAGCACACCUGGAACCACAGAGAAGUCGUCAUCUGAGCACAUCCCAGAAACCUAUUUAAAAGAUGGCUCCAACCUGCCCUUCUGUCUGGACCAGAGUGUCAGAGAUGAGCAGAACAAAUCGACGGAUGGCACCUUGUCACCUUUCUCUGAUCUGUACAACAUGGUCAAGCGCGAUCUGGCCACCAAACCCGUGUGGAAAUCUUCUAGCCUCUCCAACACACCUCUCUCAAGACCUCCAACGUCCAUGCAGGACCUCGGGAAGGUUUCCAGCGAGAACGAGAAGCCAGUAACUCCAAAAUCAUCCCAGAAGAAGAGAAGAUCCUCGACUGCCAAGCAUGUAGAGGGCGAUCAAACGGAAAGCGUUUCCGCUCAGGUGAGAACAGCCACGCCUGUGGUCCGGGGGGAACAGAAGAGGCACUCGGAGGGCACCGGGACACCCGGGUCUCAGAAGAAAACUCAGCAGACGAUGCCACAGAAAUUCACUGCUGACCAAGUGGCCCAGCAAAUCGCCUUUGAUAGUCCGAGUGCAAAGUCUCCGAAAGGCAGGAGGAGGAGCAGCAGUGGCAGCGCUCGUCAAGCCCCGGAGAGUCGAGACCCUUCCCAGAAUCCCUCAGAGCCGGAAGGGUACGAGGAGGAUAAUGCAGCUGGAGCCAAACAGGCCACCAGGACGUCGCCGAGAGCAAGCGCGGGAAAACGGUUACAGGUUCAGGACGUGCUGCAGGAGGUUUCAGUCACGCCCAUGUGUGUCGAUGAAGCAGAUAAUGACCAGGCCUCCACUAAGAAGCACAAAUGUGACGACUUGCCCCUUCCUGCCCCCAAGAGAAAACGUGUAUCUUUCGGUGGACAGCUGAGCCCUGAACUGUUCGACAAACGCCUACCACCUAAUUCCCCCCUUCGCCGAGGGGCAACGCCUGGGAGACGCAGCUUGGGGUUCUCUCAGAAAUCUCACUCUCUGCUCAGGCGAGCCUCCACCAUUGGGCUGAUGGGUUACAAGCUUAAAGAGAAGAUUGCAGAGAGCCCUGCUAAAAACGCUUCACCUAAACGUGCUGGCUCGCCCGCCAAGGCGCUCAAGACCCCGUCGCCCGCCAAGGCGCUCAAGACCCCGUCGCCCGCCAAGGCGCUCAAGACCCCGUCGCCCGCCAAGGCGCUCAAGACCCCGUCGCCCGCCAAGGCGCUCAAGACCCCGUCGCCCGCCAAGGCGCUCAAGACCCCGUCGCCCGCCAAGGCGCUCAAGACCCCGUCGCCCGCCAAGGCGCUCAAGACCCCGUCGCCCGCCAAGGCAUCUCUAAGUCCGAAGGCUAAAACCCUAUCUCCUAAAAAUCCUAAGACCCCUUCACCUUCUUUAAACCCAUCAACCCCCAAAUCCUCCAGGAUGCGCUCGAAUGCUUCAGCAAAAUCGUUGUCCCCAAGCCAAGAGUCCCUUCUUAAGACGCCUACUACGCACGGUCGCUUCUCAGUUUCCCGAAUCAGCACCCCGUCACCUGUCCCAGACCAGGAAAAAGAAACGAAGGAAGAAUCCAUGCAUGGAGUGAAACAGUCUCAGGAACACGUAACCCCGAGGGCCACGCCGAGAAGGAAGAGCAUGAAGGCGUCGGCUCGGAAGACACCAAAGAGUGUGCUAAAGAGUGCGCUGGACGUUGUGCGAUCGCGACGCAGUGGAGCGUCACGUGCUAAUUUAAAAGUUGUCAGUUCUUGGGCUGACAUCGUGAAGUUUGGACAGAUUAAACCUCAAACAGAAGGUGGCACUAAGAAAGCGAUUACCAAAAAAGCAGCAGCAGUCAAGCUAAGUAAAGUGACCAAACCUAAGACGCCUGCACACAGGCUGAAAGAAAGUACGAGCACUGGACAUGCAGAUUCUCCAGCCAGCAUAGUCGUAGGCAAAGCCUACCUAAGAUCCACUCAGCUUGUAGGCGCUGCUCCUAAAGUCGUAUGCAACGUCGCCUUGUUUAAAAAGGAUAUGAAAAUGGAUGAAGAUCUUACAGGUGUAUCGGAUAUUUUUAAAACUCCAGCUAACAGACGCAAGAGUGCUUAUACAAAGGCUACCGAGUGUCCAGUGACCCCACAUGGUGUUAAUGAAAUGUCUGUAAUGAAUACUCCUGAGGAAUCUGGUGAAAUGGUCGUGUCUCCCAUAAGCGUUGUGUCCACUGCCAGACUCGGGCGCUACAACAGCGAAGCUGUAACCAGACUCCUCCAGGAUAACCAGGAUGGAGGUUUAAAUGAAGCAAUGGACACCUCUGCUGCUUUUUCUCAGUCUGAAGUAUUCAUGGUAUUAGAUAUGCCCAGCGAAGAUCAAACUCUGAGGAACAAGAACUCUGGACCAGUCCAAACCUUCCAGCACAGACCGACCCCGCCAGAGGGCCUUACAGGAGUUAAAAGACUGUUGAGAACACCUAAGCAGAAAGCCGAGCCUGUAGAAGACCUUCGGGGCAAGUUACUCAAAACACCCAAAGCGCCAAAAUUAUCCCAGGAAGAGAGUUUAGAAGGUGUUAAAGAACUUCUUAGUACCCCUAAACAAAAAGAAUCCCCCUUAGAAAAAAGCAGGGCUGGAAUAAAGAGAUCGAUUACAAGUCCGGAAGUUACAAACAGUCCUGUAGUGUGCUCUGUAAGUUUGAAGAGACUUGACGAGAUCCCCAACGAUAUGGCUGAGCAAGAGGAGGACCUUACUGGAGUAAAGCAAUUGAUGAAGACUCCCAAGCUAAAGAACCAGCCAGUUGAGGAAGAUCUGACAGGAGUAAAGCAGAUGAUGAAAACUCCCAGGCAGAAGAAACAGCCAGUUGAAGAAGAUCUGACUGGACUAAAACAGAUGAUGAAGACUCCUAUGCUGAAGGACCAGCCAGUAGAAGAUCUGCCUAAAGUAAAACAGAUGAUGAAAACUUCUAGGCAGAAGAAGCAGCCGGUUGAGGAGAACCUGACAGGAGUGAAACAGAUGAUGAAAACUCCCAAGCUGAGGAACCACCCAGUUGAGGAAGACCUAAGUGGGGUAAGACAUCUGAUGAAGACUCCCAAGCAGAAAAAGCAACCAGUUGAGGAAGACCUAAGUGGGGUAAGACAUCUGAUGAAGACUCCCAAGCAGAAAAAGCAGCCAGUUGAGGAAGACCUAAGUGGGGUAAGACAUCUGAUGAAGACUCCCAAGCAGAAAAAGCAACCAGUUGAGGAAGACCUAAGUGGGGUAAGACAUCUGAUGAAGACUCCCAAGCAGAGAACCCAGCCAGUUGAAGAUCUGACAGGAGUGAAACAGCUGAUGAAAACUCCUAAGCAGAAGAAGCAACCAGUUGAGGAAGACCUGACUGGUGUACAACACCUGAUGAAGACUCCCAGGCAGAAGAACCAGCUAGUUGAAGAUAACUUUGGAAUUGAUAGUUUGAUGAAGACACCCAGGCAAAAAAGAGAUGAAGCGGUGUUGGCUACAACCAUUGUUGCAGAGCUAGGUUCUGUAAGUUCUGAAGUUCUGCCUGUGAAAGGUGCCAGAGAGGAAUCUGAAGAGAAGGAGAACAUCUGGCCAGUUGAGGACAUGACAAAUGCAAAAGCUGUUGGUCUACAGAUUGAGACAGAAGAAGCAGUAACUGCUUGUCCAGAGCUCCAGGAAGCAUCUCUUAAAAAUAACAGUGCUACUGUAGAGGCCAUUAUAUCUGUAGCUUCUCCUAAGCAUAAGCAAAAAACGACAUCACCGUCUAAAAAGUCCCAAUGUGGUGUUCGAACAGCACAGAAAUCUCUGAAAAACCAACAUAAGGUGGAUUCAGAUUCUCUGUCUGCAGGAACCGAAGACGAAACUAGUGCGGAGUCUGCAAAGUCUGCUCCUUCUGUACGAGGAAGGAGGGGCAAGUCAGCUGUUGAGCUAAUCCAAGAUGUUUCCAUUCAAAGUCCUGCUAGAAAAUCUACCAGAGGAAAAAUUACAAAGGAGCUAGUGGAGGCUCUGCAGACAGCUGCAGAGGAUAAGCAGGUGGUACUGAAACCAAGGAGAGGAAGGAAAGCCGAACAAGAGGUUGAAGUCAUGCAGGUAGGUCCUGUUAUUGACUUGAAGGCUUUUGUAGGGAUGGAAAUCUUGAAGUCACCAGCUCCUGCUAGAGCUAAGAGAGGAAAGAAAGAAAAACCUGAAUCAGAAACUCCACAAGAGCCAGAAGCUUUACCUGAAGUUUCAAGUGAGGAGGCUGGAGCGGCUUCAGGGAAAGCUGAACUUCAGCCUUCAGCAGAGUCUGAGGUGGUUUCUGUUAAGUCCAAUGCCAGAGCAAGGAGAGGCAGAACAACCAGGAAAGAACCCACACAAUCUUCAGAAGUUGAUGAAUCUCCAGAUGUUGUAGUGGAGAUGGAAGGUGCUGCGUUGGAGAGUGCUAAAGCAGAAAAUGACGAUUCUCUGAGAAAAACCAGGAGAGGCAGACCAACAAAGAAGGAAUCUUCCAAACCCACCUUGACUGCUGUGGAGUCUGAAGUUAAGAGGUCUGAUGCUGUGGUGGAGCUUGCUGUUGCUCUAGCAGAGCCCAGAUUACCAGAGAAUGCUGAAGUUCACUCAGCAACUGAAGAUCUAGUUAGAGCUAACUCGAAACCACGGAGGGGCAGGGCAACAAAGAAGGAAACAGCUGUAACGGCACAAGUUGAGGAAAUGUCCAAAUCUGCUUCAAAUUCUAAGGUGCUGCCUGAAGAGCACCUUCAGGUCCCUGUUGUGAAGUCGAGACGAGGAAGAAGGAUCAAUCCAGUGGAUUUGAACAACCAAGCGGUAGCUGAUGAAUCCAGCGCCGAGGCUUGUGUUGAACCUCAGCCUAAACCAGAAGCUCCACCAGUCAGGUCUAACCGAGGUGCAAGGAACAAGCAGAUGCAGCUACAGGUAAAAGAUGUUGCUGAUGGUCCUGCUACAGAAACCGUGGCAACAUCUACCGUGGCCGAGGAGCCAGCUGAAGAACCAGUGGUGAAAACCGUCAGAGGAGUUGGGAGAACAAAACAGCCCAAAGUUCAGGUCGAAGAUAAAACCAGUAUUGAGUCAGAAACCAUUCAGCAUUCAGAAGCUCAUGCAGCCAGAUCAGCCAGAGGAAAGCAUAUAGCUGUGGUCAAGGAUGACCUAGAGCCUCCAGUUAAAAGAGGGCGUCGUGGAGCUACUGUUGAAAUUCCUCCACCAGUUGUCAAGCCCACCCGUGGUAGAAAAGCUGUGGUCAAAUUGGAGCAAGUGGGAGUCUCGGAAGAUGCCACAGCAGUGGUGGAACCAGUUGAAGAGCCUUGUACCAAAACAAAAGUACAGGGAUCUACAGUGGAAGAAGCACCACUUGUGCAGGAAGACUCUGACAGGGUGGUUGUUAGCAGCGAAGUAGUAGCUAAGAGAGGAAGAGGGAGGAUUGCUAAGAAAGCCAAGGUCUCAUUCAAGGACACAAUCACUGAAGUAGCAGAGGAAGAGCUGUCCAACAAGAAAGAAGAGAAACAAGCAGCUAAAAAUAACGAUCCCUCAGAUGUAGAGACCAAGCGGUCGGAACAUCCGUUAGUAAAAGGGCGCAAAGGGAGAGGGGCAAAAAAAACAGAAGAACCAGAAAAGGAAACGCCAGCCCCUGAAGAAAACAUUCAGUCAUCCAGGCGAGGAAGAACAGGCGCUUCAGUCGUUCCCCAACAUGAAGUAGUCACCUCCCAAAAACGGGGGCAGAAAAGGAAGGAGAUGGAGAUUGAAGCUGAGGAAACAUCAGGUACAGAGUCUCUCCCAAAGAGGAAAAGGGGCAAAGGAGCUGGCACAGAAGCUCAAGGGGGUGCAGCCACACCAGGCAGAGGGAGGAAGAUGGGAGCAAAGGCACAGGACAUCUCUGUGGUGGAAGCGGUGGAGGAACCUCCUAAAAAGGAUGAAAAACCUGUAAGAGGACGGAGAAAAACAAUCGAGGAAGAUGUUCCCGCUCAGAUUGAGAAGCCUGUUUCCGAGGUAACCGCUCGCAGAGGAACCAGAGGCCAGAAGAAAGCCGAGAUGGACAUUCCUUCAGCACCUGUGAGACGGACAAGAAGGAAAUAAAGCACUGAUCUUGAGCUGAUGUAAAUAAUCUGCGAUAAUGUGUCAGGGUGGGGAGGGGA